UAGGACAAAGUGAGACGCUGCGUGAAGUUGGCGUCUCAGUUUGUCCUGAGGCAUUUUCGUUGGUUUAAUGGCCAGAACUAUUUGUUUAAACUAUCAGGAACUCUAGAACUAUUGAAAAUAAAGUCAGAACUCUUAAUUAUUUGUGAGUUUCCGCGAAAUGAUAUGCCAGCUUCACACAUACGGCAUCUGGAAUUUUCAUUUUCGAAGAGACGCGAUAGCAAAAGCAAAAAGUGGAAAACGUCUUUGGGGUGGAAAUAUUGUGCAUCAAAAGACGGCUUCGCAAAUCUCUCGUCCUAGAUACGCGCGAGGUAUCCUCCGCAGAUUUCGCUGGUUUAUUCCGAAGAUUCCCUUCGGAAGGAGAUAAAUCAUCGAUACCAGGAAAUCGAAUGCAUUUGUACGCACGUGUAGCGACAAAUGUGCCCUCCGCCCUGUUUGACGGGCGUUUGCUUGCACCCUUCUGCACCAGUACCAUAGUUUCCGUCAUCGCAUACAUAUAUACAUGUGUGUGUGUGUGUGUGUUUAUACGUAAAUACAUGUAUAUGGUAGUGGGUGGUGCAGACUGCGGAAUGGGGUGGCAGCGAGAGGUGAGGAGGCGAGUGAGCGAGCAAGCCGGGUCGACCGCGCGAAUCUCUGCACGUACAUGCACAUGUAUCCAUAUAAAUGUAUGUAUACUGUUGUACGUGUGUACGGCGGGUGGCGCGAGUGAGAUCCGGCGGUGGGUGCUUCGGUGACGUCAGUGUUCUGAUCGUCAGUUGCGCAGAGACGGGAUUGGUCACCGCCACCGCGCUACGUCAGAAUGACGGACCGAGCGAGCAGCAGCCGAUAAAACCACCCUCUCUCUGGACGGGGCUCUUCGUGGGCGGGCCAAUGGUCUAGGUGAGCGCGCGAGCAUGGGACAGGGAGCGGUGUCGUGAAGGGAGGACGGAAGGCGCGUGUCCGCGCGCGCGGAGUUGAACGGCGUUCAGGGUGGCCGGCGCGCCGACGACGACGACGACGACAAUGGCGAGCUCGGGCUCGGCGGUCGACGGGGUCGGCGACGACGGCACGACGGGCGUGCCGGGCGGCGGGCCCAGGAAUCCGCUCACCUGCGGCAUCUGCCACGAAUAUUACAACGAGCCCUGCCUGCUCUCCUGCUUCCACACCUUCUGCGCGCGUUGCAUACACGGCCCGCACAUCGACGGCACCAUCAAGUGUCCCAUCUGCGGGCAACAAACACAGUUGAAAGAAGGAGCGCAGUUGCCACCUCCCGAUCAGCUGAUACGACAAUUAGUGGAACUGGCAAAUUCUGAGAAUCCACCGUGUGCCAAUUGCGACAAGCGCGAUAAAACUACUAUGUUCUUCUGUACGACAUGCGGGCAGGCGCUUUGCACCCACUGCAGGGAAAACACGCAUCGCGCGAAGAUGUUCUCCACCCACGAAGUACUGCAUAUGAGCAAAUGCGCCAAGGACACUCAACGCCGCUGCCCGAACCACGGCGAGCAGUACAUAAUGUACAGCCAGAGCGCCAAGUGCAUGCUGUGCGCCACCUGCUUUCGCGACACGCCCGCGGACGCGCGGGUCCACUGCGUGGACAUCGAGAGCGCCUGGCAGCAGGCCUCGAAGAAGAUGGAGCGCGCGGUGAACUCGAUCUGCGAGCUGCAGGCCGGCAUCCGCGACGGCGUGCUCGCGCUCAAGUCUCAGCUGGACGAGCUGCGCCACAGUCUCGAGUCCGAGAAGCGCGCGCUGGGCGCGUUCUGCCAGGGCAUGCAGGAAGCGAUCACCAAGACGCACACUUACGUGAUCGCGGAGCUGCAGCGUCAAUUCGAGACCAAGGAGCGCAUGGUGCGCACGCAACUGAUCGCGCUGGGCAGCGCGCUGCCCGUGCUGCAGAUGCACCUGAUGCUGUGCACCGCGUUCACCAGCGGCGCGACCAAGUACCAGUUCCUGGAGCUGGCGCAUCCGAUGCUGGAGCGACUGAGCCGCGUCGCUCAGCUGGGCCAUCCGUCGCGGCCGCCUCUGCUCGCCGCGUACAUCAAGACGAACUACCGCGGAGACUUCGCCCGCGCCCUGCAACCGUACAUCGGCCAGAUGCAGAUACCGAAGACCGCCACUGUUGAGUCUCUGUACGAUCGGUCGGAGACGAUCGGCGGCCACACGAUACCCCAACCGGAUCCGCAAGUACUUCAACAAAGCAAGACUACUCAGAGGCUACCGCCGAAAGGCGGCCCCGACUGCGGCCCGUUCUCUAAUCACUGUCGGACCUUCGACAACCAACUGAAGGAACUGAGUCAGCAACUGAUGACGGUGAAGGAACGACUGGGCGAGUUGCAGCGGGACGUUUCCGUGUUGAAGAGGGCGAACACGCCGCCGUUGGGCACGCGCUACGACCACGUCGCGAGGGAUUGCCGCUUGCUGGAGCAACAAUUGGAGCAUCAUCAAAUAGAAUUAGAGCGACUGAGGAAUGUCUUUGACGCGCUCUGGGAGGAGCAAGUGUGCAGAAUUCACAUAGAAAAGGAAAUCUUUCAUUCGCAGAUGAACGACAUAUUGUCGCUGAGGAGCGAAGUGAAGAAACUACAGGCGCUCGCCCAGCACCUAGAGCCCUUCGUCAAAUCGUUCUCCACGGGCAUCGGCGCCGGCGAAGUCAGCAUGGCCGCGGCGGACGCAGUCGACAAUCAACAUCUGCACGCGCUGCUGGAUCACCUGGCGCGUCUGCAGAUGCAGGAACCACAUCCGCAGGCUCAAGCACCGACGAAGGAUCAUCGUCAUCCACGUAGCACUGCCACAAGUGCCGACAACGCGUUAUACAUGAAGGAAGCGAAGGAGGUCCCGACGCGAUGCCGCACGCCGUCCGGCGGUGUCGGCGCGGUCUUGGACUCGAGCGGCAACAUAGUUGUCUACGGGACGGCAAAAUCGACCGACCCGACCAAGCGGGGCGUGCUGAGUCAGCUGAUCGAGAAGGCCAGGACGCAGAAGGACGAUCGCAAGAAGUCGCCGGGACGCGAGGACGGUCGCGAUCGCAGCCAGAGCCGGCGCUCGCGCAAGUCGCCGGACAGCACGAAGCCGAAGACACCGCCCGGGCAUUCGUCCGGCGGCAAGAUGCGCUCGCUGUACCGCUCGCUGAAAGGCGGCGCCGGGGACACGUCCGCCGAGGCGCUCGAUCAAGGAAGGUGCACCGACUCGCAGCAGCCGCACAUGGGUGAGGAAGGCGAAUACCAACGAAUCUCGGAGGCGUCGAGCCUGGGCGAAGCGAAGAAGCGCGUGCAGGCGCAGGUGCAUGCGGUGCCGACGGACGAUUCGAUACCGGCGCUGGCGGGCAAAGUGACCAAGAUCUACCCGGCCAGCGACUCCGAGGAGUUGUUCUACGGCGACGGGAAGGCGGACACGAGGCGGCGGCGGCGCGCCAGCUGCGACAGCUUGAGCACGACCGGUUCCGGCAACAGCAGGCGGUCGAGCAUCGCCGAUGGGACGGUAGGUCAACAAUCCGUCGCGCAGGACCCACGGAAAACACUGGUCGUUUUGAUCGGACCGACGUCACGGACGUCGUCGUCUCUCGUGCAGAAGCAGCGUUCCUGGGAGACCUUCCCGCGGCCCAAGAGCAAGCGCGGCGGCAGUGGUGGCGAGGGCCCAGGGGGUGGCGCGUCGUCCCUCGGCCAGCUGAAGAAAGCGGACAGCUUCGAGGGCCACGAGGAGGCGGUGCGCACCUUGGUGGCGGCCGUGCAGGAGACGCGCUCCCAGCUGCGACACCAUCAUCUGCAUCAUCACCGUCAUCAUCGUAAGAGCAAGACGAAUUAAUGGCGCGACUCCCGGUCCUUCCGCGAGCAAAGGGAAUAACGUAAAGAGAUGUAAUGCCCGAGGAUGUCCGGCGAGCCUAUCACGUAGAUAAAAAGAAAGCAAAUUAUUAAAAGACUAAAACACCGUGUCCGAAAAAAACGUGGCUUAAUUAAUAAUGUUAUUUAAUAGCAUCGGAAGCGCAUUGUUGUGAGAGCCGGCAUUAUCGGCCUUUUCGAAGAUUUUGGACAUUCUACUGAUAUAACAAUAACAAUGGAUAUAAAUAUAAUAAUGAUAAUAAGAGAAGUCUAUUACGCGCGAUAUAAGCAAAGUCGGAAUUCUCUGUCGCGAGAGGAAUACAGGCACCUUCGACAAGUGCACUUUCGUCUUUAUAUUUACUUUUCGGAGAAACUGUCGAGUUUCUUUGACAUCCCGACCAAACGCGUGAUGGUUGUAUUAUUCCGAGUUUUUAACGUUUACAUUAUGUCCCUCGUCGGAGUUGCGGCGUGCGCGACGAUGCGCAGCUCCCGUCAACACCUUUUAUAGCGAUUUAAUUGCACUUGAUGAUGAAAGCACCGAAGGUCGGUAUCGCUGCCGUUUGUAAAUCAAAUGUUGACACGAGACGGAUCGUGCGUUACCCGCUGCACGGUCUGUCCGGGGCGGUCGAUAUACGUAGAGCCUUGAUUAGGAAUUAGCGUGGAAGAAAAUGGUUUUUUUUUUCUGUAAUAAAACGCGCGUGUGUAAUGUACAAUAAUUGCAGCGGAACCGCGGUUGACGUUACAAUCUGAACACCUGUAAAUAGACGACGUUUGCUUCGUUCCACCCGAACAUUAUUUCGAUUGAAUUACGCGAAAUUCCAAUUUCGGUUUCCCCGUUUUUAGAGAGAUACGCGAAUAGAUUCUCAUCGCAUUCGGCGCGAGAUUUUACCUUGAACGUCAACGGGUCGGAUGCAUAGUCCAGUAAAGUACGUUGCGCGAUUCGAUCGGUCGAGUAAACGUUAAUACCUUAGCUAGUAAACAACACUGCCAGUCAAGAUAUACAUUUACGAAUUUAAUCGACGAUACUCGUUCGCGAAGAAUAGCCUAAUUCGAGCGUUUACUCGUAAUCGCCAAUGGCAUUAAAAAAAAAAAAAAAAAA